GCUAAGGAUUCUGCUGGGGGAGGUCAAAGAGAGAAAUCCUGAUUUAGGAGAUUCAAUAGAAAGCCUCAGUUGGGAGGUGAGGGUCGGAGAAGAGGGAGACAUCUAAUCAGUGAGGCAUUAGUAACUGAAUUAUUUCUCAAUAUGGCAUUGACAAGGAGCAAAGUGGGAACACCUUUGCCUUCGCCACAUCAGGGCUGAGGAGCAGGGAAGGAGAUGUGCAGAGGGAAAGAGAAAAGUAGGCCUCGACUUUCCCUGAGUAGAGUUUGUGAUACUCGUGUACCACAGCCAUAACCCAGGUGGGGCGAUAGAGCUUUGCUCCAGGGCAGCAAAAUUUAAAGGGCUCAAAAUUUUCAGAUAACCACUUCAAAAGAUUAUGGCAUUUUAAAAUGGUUCACACUCAUAGUUUGAUGACAUGGUAGCGUAAAACGGAGUUAGCAAGAAUAAUUGGAUAAAUUAAAAAGAAAUGAGGUAGUUGCACUUUCUCCUUUCCAGCAGCCACAUGCCAUAUGAGCUCCCCUGCCCCGGUUGGUCCCAUUUGUUCCUCCCCCAAAAACAGCUUCUAAGUAGCCCUCUAAGUAUCCCAGGGUCUCUUCCUCCACAGGGCCAGUGUCCCGGCCUAUCUCCCACAGGGCUGGCGUCUCUGUUUUCGCCUUCCAGGGUUGAUGUGAGGGCAAAGUCCCCCUUACUGCUAGUGGUGGCUCUGUCCAUAAUGAGGUAUUAAUGAACCCAGAGAUGCCCUAAGGGCAGGAAAAGGGGGGAGAAAGGGGAGCACAAAUGAACCGUGGUCUGCCCCCUGCAGCAUCUUUUCCCUUCAUACCCUGCACAGGUUGAAUGGUUGGUGUUGAGUGUUUGUAUGGGGCAACCAGGGCUAGAGGAAAAGCCAGGAGACAAGGCAGGCCUCGUUCCAGUACUGAUACUAACUAGCUGGGGCAGCUUGAGCCAGACCACUCCCCUCUGAAUCUCUGUUUACUCUUCUGUCAGAUAAGGUCCCCCCUCCCCCUGUCCUCUGACUCUCAGGAUACACAGUUUUUUUGGCUCUGGGUAGGUAUGUUGUAAUUCAACUAGAUUUUAAGUGCCUCAAAGGCAGUCCUGUGUCUCCUGCAUGUUCUGAACCUUUGAUUGCCAGCUGGGGCCAGAGCUGGGGGGAGAGGUCUUUUUAGAUUCCUCCAGUGACAGCCCAAAUGUGCUGGCUUUUCUCUUGUCCCCUUUCCCCCUGCUGGAAGCAACACAAAAACAGAUCGGUAGCUGGACUUUAAACAAAUGUCACUCCACCAGUCUGGAUUUCCAAACUAAGUCCCUCCCCCUGAAGGCUUGGAAGUUGCCAGACUCCCAAAGGAAAACUUGAAGAGCUGGUGGUGAGGGGCCUCCCUCAGAGGGCUGCACAGGAGGCACUGGCAUCUUGGCAUAGCCAGAGACGCUCCCCUUCUGCACCCCAAGACCUGAGGGAAAUAAAGCCUGAAUAAGGGGGUCAGCAUUGGACAGCUCCAAGACGAUCACUGAAGAGGGCUGUUUGCUGCAGGUACAAGUGAGGCAAGAUGAACUGGACAGGCCUGUACGCCUUACUCAGCGGUGUGAACCGGCACUCCACGGCCAUCGGGCGCGUCUGGCUCUCAGUCAUCUUCAUCUUCCGCAUCAUGGUGCUGGUGGUGGCCGCCGAGAGCGUGUGGGGCGACGAGAAGUCCUCCUUCAUCUGCAACACCCUGCAGCCGGGCUGUAACAGCGUGUGCUACGACCACUUCUUCCCCGUUUCCCACGUGCGCCUGUGGUCCCUGCAGCUCAUCCUGGUGUCCACGCCAGCCCUGCUCGUGGCCAUGCAUGUGGCCCACCAGCAGCACAUGGAGAAGAAGCUUCUUCGGCUCGAGGGCCACGGGGACCCGCUGCACCUGGAGGAGGUCAAGCGCCACAAGGUGCACAUCUCGGGCACGCUGUGGUGGACCUACGUCAUCAGCGUGCUUUUCCGCCUGCUCUUCGAGGCCGUCUUCAUGUAUGUCUUCUACCUGCUGUACCCGGGCUACGCCAUGGUGCGUCUGGUCAAGUGCGACAGCUACCCUUGCCCCAAUACGGUGGACUGCUUCGUGUCCCGGCCCACCGAGAAGACCGUCUUCACUGUCUUCAUGCUGGCCGCCUCAGGGAUCUGCAUCGUGCUCAACGUGGCCGAGGUGGUGUACCUCAUCAUCCGGGCCUGUGCCCGGCGUGCCCAGCGCCGCUCCAACCCUCCGUCGCGCAAGGGCUCGGGAUUCGGCCACCGACUGUCCCACGAGUGCAAGCAGAACGAAAUCAACAAGCUGCUGAGCGACCAGGACGGCUCCCUCAAAGACAUCCUGCGGCGCAGCCCUGGCACCGGGGCCGGCCUGGCUGAGAAGAGCGACCGCUGUUCCGCCUGUUGAGGGCACAGCCGCUACCACACCCACGGUCACUCCUAGUCCCCUCAGCCCAAGCACCUGCCCUUCAUCCCCUCAGUAAGGGGGGGUGGGGAGUGGGGUGCUAUGAGGCAGAUCUCACGCCCUCCUCCCCAAGCUUCAGGGAGCAAAGGAGGGUGUAGUUCUUACUGUUUCUCUCUCUCUCCAAUUCCUGCUCCUCUCCCUGGGACCACUGAGUACCUCUAGGAUGGGUGGUGGGGAGGGGGCUUUGCCACCACUUCCAUUGAUGACACUAAUCUUAACCCUGACAACAGUGGGGAAGGGCUUGGAUGGCUGGAAACGACUAGGUUCUGAUUCCAUCUGACCAUCUGGGGUGGGGACUGGUCAGCACUACCUUUGACUCGAGGAACCCGGGCCUGGGCCUGCGAUGUUACACAUUAAACAGGAUUUUACAGUA